GAUUGUAACGCGGAGCGUGUAACGCGUUUAGAGGUGUAAAAUCAACAAAUAAAAUAUAAAAAAUAUUUCCGCGCACUGUGCUUAAGUGCAGUUAACGCAACAUUAUAAAAUGUAAUAGUAAAACGUGUUAGUUUUCCCGUUUAAGAUAGCUGAAAAGUAUAUCUUAUUAGCGUGUUGGGAAAAGUGGAAAAAACACAGGACACGAAAGCAGGUAGCAAACGUAAAGACAACAACGCUGUUCACAUUAAAUACAAACCUAUAAACCAUUUUCAAGUGAGUGUGCCUUAAAAUGGCUAAAUUGUGAGAAAAAAAACAUAAACAAGUGCAUACCGAUAAUAUUAUUGUUUGAAAUAAAGUCAAAUCAAGCAUUGAAACCCAAAUUUUGAAUUUGCCAUUUAUAAACAUGUGUUGUGCAUUAUCAAGUGAGAUUAUAACAUAAACAUAAACGUAAAUGGACAAUACAACGAAAGGACGUUUGUUAAAGUAUAAAAGAAAAUAAAAAUUGAAAUUCAGUUUCGUUGUAUUGGCUACAUAUAAGAAGAACAAUAACAACGAGUUAUAAUUUAAGAAUAACAACAUCGAGAAUAUUUGAACACAACUAUAAGCCUUCAAAAGCCAAAGCGAUCGACAAAGAAAUUAAUAGAGCGAGAGAGUGAGGAACGCUAAAAAAAUACUACUAUCUGGAUACCGUUAUGUUUGUAAUGGCUGACAAUGUAAUGUGGCACAGUGUUGAAAAUCGUAUUUGCAAUUUGAAUGUGCGCCGCCUACAAUUAGCAGCAGCCGCCACCAGCAGCAGCGGUCAGGCAACCGCCAACAAAGAAAGCAUUUCUGGUUAUGUCUUAGGCCCCCAUACAUUUGUUGGGGGCAUUAGCAGAAGCAACAGCAACGAUACAAGUAGUAACACCUCCAGCAGUUUAGCGCGGCAAAAAUUAUUACGGCGACAGCAUAGGCAAAAGCAACAUCUAGAUCGGAGCAUGCUCACUAUGACUGUUGUGAGAAAUGACUAGUAAAACAGCUAAAGGAUACGCGGCAAAUUUAGCACCAGUUUAAACAAGCGAAAGCCUUUCAAAGCUCCCCUCAAAACUUUUCUAAUAAAGCAAAGCAUAUUUUAGUUUAUAAGCGUGUGUCCAAUUAAUUUUCGUCAAGAUGCCCUUGUCUACACAUGAUACUGUGUUCGUGGAACCCGUAGGUAACAGUAACAGCAGCGGCACUAACAACACCAGCAGCAGCCGCAUUACUGUUGCUACUUCACAACAACAGCAACAGCAGCAGCAGCCGCCACACAUUGUCAUCGAUGGCAGCAGCAUCUCAACGCAAGCGCAACUUAAACGCAUCAUGCAGCGUCGAAUGUCCAUACAGCCGCAGUCGACGCAAAAGUACGCCGUGCGUACAACAACAGCAGCAGCAGCGCAACAGCAACACGAGUUGCUGAAUCCACAAAUCUAUAAAAUUGUCACUACCGAUGGCAGCACCAGCAAUGUUAUUAUCGAUACCUCUGCAACAGCGCCACCGCACAGUUCUAAGUUACUGCUCAGCAAUCUCACGGUGCUCUCCAAGCAGGCACCAACAAAUCAACCAAACCAACAGCAGGUCAAUUAUCUAGGCGCUAAGAGCUUGCCAUAUGUUACAGCCACACCUGCUGUCAAACACCAGCAGCAACAGCAGCAGCAACAGAAGUUCACCAGCAUUAGCGCCUACAAGGCAACAGGCGCAAAGCAGUUGCAAGGCUAUCAAGCACAGCCGCCAUCAACGACUGCGAACACAACGCCACUUAUGCAAAAAGUAACUCUGGGCUCACGUGUUGUUACACGGUUGCAAUCGUAUGUGCCGCCACAGCAUCAGCACACGCCACAGAUACUUGUGCAACCGGCAGCAAUGCAGCAAAAGUAUGUAAAUGCUGGUGUCAAUAGGCCGGCCAUAACAACAACAGCGGGUAGCGCGGCUACGGCAUUGCUUAAGCGAGGUAAUCAGAAGAUCACAGUCAAAAGUGUUGGCAACAUGUUGCAGCAGCAACAACAACAACAGCAGCAGCAACAACAGCAACAGUUGCAACAGCAGCAACUUAAAGCUUUCAUAUCUGCACAGCAGCCAACGCACAAAACGACCGUCAAAGCAAAGUUAGUCAAGCAAGGCACCAACACUGUGGCGAACACCUUGUCACAGGGGCAACAGCUACAACAACAACAGACCAACACUUAUGCCAAGCAGCAAUUGACUGUUAACAAGAAUGGCGCCAAGUUAACAGCAUCGAGCAACAAUAACAACAAUAAGUAUAUGCUGCAACAGCAACCGCUGCAGCAAUACACCGCCAAUUUGCCACAAGGCACGCAGUUGCAACAAAAGACAACAAGUGCUGGCAGUUACACGUUGCAGCAAACAGGCGGCACCAUCAAGUUUGUCAAUUCGCACGGCACCAUCAUUCAGCAACAGCAGCAGCAAAAGCAACCUCAGCUGUCCAAACGCAUACAUUACAACAGCAACAGCAGCUGUGAUAGCAACAACGAGCAGCAGCAACAACAGCAGCAGCAGCAGCAAUCAAGGUCUUCAGCAGCAUCAUCACUUAUCACCGACGAUGUGAUGAUUGUUAAUGGCACCCAGAUGACCGACGAGCUUUCAGCGCGCAUUUUGCAGAGCAUGGCGCAAAAAUCCUUUAGCCAGCAGCAGCAGCGUUUUCAGCAGCAAACGAGUAGUACAACAACAACCGCAACAAGCACGGCAACAAUUUCAAGUAUGCCACCGCCGCAGCCCACACAAAUAGUUUACGGAAGCAAUGGUACAGCUGUCCCAACAUCCACAAAUCUGUUGCUUACACACUAUCAGGCUAUGUCGCCCAGUUCCACAGCGACGCCCUCAACAACAUCCACUUAUCUUACAAUCAAUGCCAGUGGCAGUACUCCUUCGGUGAGCAUACUGCCGCAUGGUUUUGCCAGCGGCAGUGCCGCCAUAUCCUCCUAUAUGUCAGCCACAGCUGCACGGCGGCAAUCGGUGAGCGCGCCCAGCAGUCGGGCGGGCUCGCUGGAGCGCAAGCAACUGCAGCAUGAAGCGCUAAACGCACCUGUGAUACGCAAGACAACGCCAAGUGUUGUAGAAUAUUACAAGCAAAGCUUGAACAGCAAUCCCAACAACCACAAUAAUAGCAACAGUACCGGGGGCAACGUCAGCGUUGUGACCGCUGGCUUAAGCAGCUUGCGUAGCAGUGGCAAUAGUCUUAGUCUGCCACAAUUGGCGCCAGUCCAUAUUGCAGAUAUGCCGUUGAUGAUGAAACAACAGCAGUUGCAGCAGCAGCAACAGCAACAACAACAGCAGCAGCUAUCUGCCAAUGAAGAGGAAUUGUACAUUGAAGAAGUGCGUCCAGUGCCAGUCCAAACGCAGGAUCUGCGUUUACAGCAGUUGCAUGCCAUGAUGCAAGAUCAUACCUAUGCCUCACAGCAGCAAAAUCAACAGUCCAAUGUACACCAACAACCGCAGCUGCAGCAGCAGCAGCAGCAGGCCCAACAAUGGUCACUUGGUGGCGUUGGUGUUACUGUACCUGUCGCUGUUACGCCCACCACACCAGUUGGCAGUUACUAUGGACAGCAAUUUGCACGGCAUGUGAAUGAUGACGAUGCACACUCGGCCAUCAGCGGCAGCUCCCGUUUAGCUGGCGUCGAUAUUGAUCCCGGCGAGGAGACGGAAACUGCACCUGAAGCCGAAGCCGAGGAUGAUUCAGUAACUCGUUGUAUUUGUGAGCUGACCCAUGAUGAUGGUUACAUGAUUUGCUGCGACAAGUGCUCCGCCUGGCAGCACGUCGACUGCAUGGGUAUUGACCGUCUAAACAUACCGGAGGAGUAUCAAUGUGAGUUGUGUCAACCCAGAGCCGUGGAUAAGGCACGCGCACGCGCGUUGCAACGUCAGAAGCGCAAGGAACACAUGUUGCUGGUGGCUACACAGGCGGCUAAUGGUGUUGCAACCGCUGCGGCGAAUGCUGCUGCUGCUGCUGCUAACGCUGCCGCCGCCGCUGCAGCAGCGGCUAAUGGUGGUGCAGUAGGUAGUAGCAUGCCCAUUGGGCAAACAGGCGGAGCCACUUACAAUCAAGAACUGCAGCAUCUGUGCGGCGGUUCUGCUAGCUUAAAUGGCAGCUUUGCCAAGAAAACAAAGAAAACCAAAGAUGCUGCUGCGGCAGCUACGCUUAAGAAAAGUAAGAAAGCUGGCGAUAAGCUAUCUAACAGCGGCGUCGGCACGGCAAGCGGCGCAGCUAGCAAUAAGACCACCAAGAAAAACAGUAAGCGCAAGACUAAAUCCAGCGGCGAUGGCAGUGGUGGCGGAAGUGGCAACAGCACUGCGCUAACCGCCGCCGAGAAACAUGCCGCGAAUUUACGCCUAUGGAUUGAGCACUAUGAGUACGCUGUGACCAAUCAUUACUCACCCGAACUGCGUGCGCGUCUGCAUGCCAUACAAAAGCAGCCCAGUCUGCUGCAGAGCAUACAGAAUACGGAGAAUAAAGCAUUGCGUUUGAUUGCUAGCGGGAGCGGUGGCGGCGAACUGGAGAAACGUGCUCAGCUUAUACCUUAUGCUGGCGCUAAGGUGCUCAUCAGUAGCGUCGAUCUGGCACCCAAUGCGCCUAUUCAUGAGCUGCGGGGCAAGUAUAUGCUCACCACACAGUUUCGCACACAGAACCCCACGGUCAACAUGAAUACGCCGCCGCCAAGCAAUUAUCUUAAUAGCUUCAAAGUGCAUAAGACGCCAGGACAGUUUGUCUUCUUCUAUCAGUUGCCGGGCGUGGAGACGCCGAUGCAAACGCUGGCGCAGCAGGGCAACCAACAGCCCACACCACCAUUGCCCGCUUAUUUGAAAGGGCCAGAAGUCUGCGUGGAUACCCGCACCUAUGGCAACAAUGCGCGCUUUGUGCGUCGCUCGUGUCGACCCAAUGCGGAGUUGCAGCAUUACUUUGAAAAGGGCACAUUGCAUCUGUAUAUUGUGGCACUGACGCACAUACGCGCCCAGACCGAGAUUACCGUGCGACACGAACCUCAUGAUUUGGCUGCAGUCGAGCACAAGAAAUCCCACUCUGCUGUCAUACAGCCAACAAGCACACGCUGCGCUUGUGAUCUGGGUGGCGAUUGUCUCUUCGCUUUGCCGUUGGCUGUACAGCAGCAACUGCAGGCGCCACCCACGCAACCGCGUAGCAGUCAUCGCAACAAGACUUCAGCAGCAGCAGCAGCCGCAGCGGCAGCCAAUAGCGCUGCUGCUAUACAGCUUACUAUGGGCGGCUUGGCUAACAGCAACAAUGCGGCGGUAGCAGCAGCAGCUGCAGCAGCGGCAGCCACAGCACGCAAUCGAUCAACAUCCUCGAGUGGUGAGAGUAGCAGCCAAAUGGGCAUUAAUAGUCCGCAGCUGAGUCAACUGAAUUUGGGUUUUAAGUCUCAUGGAGGUCCAGUUGCUGCUGGUGCGACAACAGCUGCAGCAGCCGCUGCUCUGCUUUGCAACAACAACAGCAACAACUCAUGCUCUGUAUCAAUGUCCAGUGUGUUGCAUGACUCGGGCAUAUGCACAUCCUCGUCAUCGCCAUCAGUAUCGAUACCUUCGCCUACGCCCACCCAACUGCAAUCGCCAACAUUACAACAACAACAUCAACAGCAGACUUUGUUACUACAGCGCAGUCCAACGCAACAGCAACAACAGAUAUUGGCGGCAUUGCCUACGCCUAUGCUGCUGUCACCGUUACCUAAGCCCACUGUUAUAACGCAAAUACAACCAUCGUUGUUACAGCAGCAGCAACAAAAGCAACAACAACAGCAGCAGCAGCAACAGUCGCAGGAGCCGCUGGCGGUCAUUGCAGCUGUAGCAGCCGCGCAGUCCCCAAUAACGUACUAUGUGCAGCCACAACAAAAACUGCUUCAGCAACCACAACAACAACUGCUUCAGCAACCACAACAACAACCGCAGGAGCAGCCUCAACAACAACAGCAGCAGCAGCAACAGCAGCAGCAGCAACAGCAGCAGCAGCAGCAACAACAGCAGCAACAGCAGCAGCAGCAACAACAGCAGCAGCAACAAAAGUUCGUACAGCAACAGUUGCAGCAACAGCAACAAUUGCCGGAAGAUGCACGUCUAGCAGUUAGUGCAUUACAAUCUUUGCAUGUAGCGCCUACUACUCAUGUUAUUACGCCUAUCAAGCCACAGCCACAAUUGCAACAACAACCACAACAACAGCAACCAUUGCAACAACAGCAGCACCAGCAGCCGCCACCAAUGCAACAGCAGCAACAAGCAAAGAAAAUUGUUUAUCAGCAGGUAGUGGUUACGCCCACUAAAACUCCUACCAAACUGACACUUACAGCAAAUAACAACAACAAUGCGACACCAACAGCGCGAAAAACGCCAGCCAAGAAUUCAGCAACAACAGCAGCAAUAACAACCGCACUUGUCGCCAAGCAGGAUGAUGCAAAAAUAACAACCACAACUGCGACGACGCCAACGGCAGGCAGUGUCAACAAUACUUCAACACCAGUUGCUACCAAGAAGGAUAAACCGAAGUCACGCGAGGAACGCAAGCUGGAGGCCAUACUGCGUGCCAUUGACAAAAUGGAAAAGCAAGAGGCGCGUGGCAAGAAAGCAGCGGACAGCAGCCGGCAGGGUGGCAAUAAUAGUGUCAGCGGUGGCAAGCAGCGGUCAAGCAAUUCGCCAGCCUCACCGCGCAAACGUAAUACAAGCAGCAAUUCCAUAAGCGAAUCGACAGAUGGCUCCAGUGUGACUCCAGGCACACCUACAACCAGUAACAACAACAGCAACAAUAGUUUAACAGCGCGUCGCAAUAAAAAGAAGCGCAAAGUAAGUCGCAGCAACAAUAACAAUAAUAAUAAUAAUAACAACAAUAAGCGACGCAAGAGCUAUAACGAAUCCGAUGCUGAGUCGCACAACGAAGCCGAACUUAUCUCAACUGGGCAGCAUCAAUUACAACAACUGGAUAGCAACACAGCCCAGCAACAGCAAUCAGCUGAUCAAGCAGCUGGUUUAUUGCUGGCGCUGGCGCACAACAAUUGCGACUUGAGCAAUGUCGGCUUCAAAUCGCCAGCAAGAGCGGCACCACAGUCUUCGGUGAGCAGCGCUUGUCUGUUGAUUGAGGCUGCCAUGGGGCCGUUAGAGCAGCAACCACAGCAAACUGAGUUUAAGUAUCCACCAGGUGGCACCAAAACCAAAAAGGCGCUCAUGUCCAGCUGGUUUUUGCAGUCGGAGCAAUGUGAGCAACAGCAGCCGUCGGGCCUAGAUAGUCUGGUACAAGCAGCAAUGAGCGAGAUUAAUGGCUCACGUGAGCAGCUUGUUGAGCCCGCUUCGGAAUCAGCUGUUUUUAAGGUUGAGCAUUUUAUACACCAGGCUGAAGGCACGGAACGCUCGCAAUUGCAGUUGCCGUUAAACAACUCGUCGGUGAAGAAGCGCUGGCUGCGCCAGGCCAUCAGCGAAGAGACCACGGACGAGGGGCAAUCGCAGACGCUCACGCCCGUAACGACGCCCACCACAAGCGUAUCGCCCUUGCAGCAGCAGCAGCAGCAGCAGCAACAACAACAAACACCACCGUUGCUGUCGAACGGCUUUAGCACGCCGCUAAAGAAGCGACGGCUUGUGGUCAUCAGCAAUGGCGAGAUGGAGUUGGAGUCGACUGCCGAUGAGCCACAUAUCGAUGUCAUUGGCAGCGCUGGCGAGGAGGAGCACAAAUUGGAGAAGCAGCAGUUGAAGAUUGAGACACAGUCAGAGCAGCAGUUGCAGCACUUGGAGCAAGAUGAUGAUGUGGAUAUAUUGCGCUCGCCUAGUCCAGGAGCACAGCAAAUUAUGGCCGAGGAUAAUUUGGUGAAAAUUGAGCCUGAGGAUACAAGCGCUGCUGCGGAGGAUGUCAAAAUCGAUGUAGAGCGCGAGGAAAGUCAGGCAUGCGAUAAGUUUGAGGAAAUGCUCAAGGUGAAGCGCGAGACAGAGGAACAGCAGCAACAGGAGCAGCAACAACAACAGCAACUUAAGCCAGAGCAAGCGCCCGAUCAAAAUGUGCAAGUGGAGCAUAAAGAGGAGCCAAAGCCGCUGGUUAAACCAGAAAUACUACCAGCCAAGAUGGAGCCGUUGCCAGAGCCGAAGCCAGGUGAAUCGCUGCUGCGUUCAACAGCAACUGUUAAUAUAACAAGUGCAGCAGCAACUGUAACAAGUGCAGUAGCCGCAGCAACAACAAUGGCCACAAUGACGCUAGGGGAUUCAGUUAAAGCAGCUAUAAAGGCACGUGCACCAGUGCUUAAAGAGGAGGAGAUGCCAGCCAAGAAGAAAGCAAAACUCGAAGCAGCGACAACUAUUGCUGUGAGCACGACAGCAAUUGGCGUUGCAGCAAGCACAGCGUCAGUAACUACAACUGCUGCAAUUUCGCCAACAGCAACUACGACAAUAGCAGCACCUGCAGCAGCAACAAUGACAACAAUAACAGCCAGCAGCAACAAUCUAACUGAGCUCGAUAUACGAGAACGUUUAUUGUCCUUCCACGCAGCCAAUAUUUCGUACCUGCAAUCCCGCAAUAAAAAGCCCACCAGUGCCAACUCUAGCAAAACCAAUAGCAAUAGCAACAAUAAUGACAGUAUGAAUGUUGCUAAAAAGCCUAGCAAGGCGAAGGAUGAAAAGCGCGAGCGUGAGAAGCAACUGAAGAAGUCGAAAAAGGAUAAAAAGAAAUCCAAGGAUAAGGAUAAGCAAAAGGCAGCAACAAUUGCGGCACUGGUAUUGCCAGAGCUGAAAAAGAAAGCAUCCAAGGAGAGCAAACAACCAUUAGCAGCAAUACCAACAGUUGCCACACCCACCGCCAAUGGCAAGGCCAAGCACAUGAGCAAUCUCAAACAGCAACAACAAUCUACGCUGCGUCGUCGCACAAUGUCAAUGUGUGUUACGCCUGCCGCACCAACUGUGGCAACAACAAUUCCAACAACGCCCAUAGCAGCAGCAAAGAAGCGGCAAACCAACUUUGAGCAAGAGCUAACCAAGCCCAACAAUCAGAUACUUAGCAGCAGUUUGUUGUUAAAUAGCACCAAGGCAACACAACAGCAGCAGCAACUGCCGGCUGUAUCAGCUACUGCAGCGGCGACUGCUAUGCCACAGCAACAGCAUCGCAAAGAGAAUCAUCAUCAUCACCAUCAUCAGCAGGAGACAGCGGUGGGGACAGGUACAGCAGCAACCAUGACCUUGGCUCAGGCCAUUGCCAGCGGCAAGUUGACGGCUAUUAGCCGACGGCGCGAGUCCAUGUGCGGCAGUCGCCAGCAAGCAGCGUUGAUAGCUGCUGCGCUCAAGAAGGAAAAGAAGGAGAAAAAGAAGAGCAAGAAAAAGGAGCGCGAAAAGAAGGAUAAGCAAAAGAGCAAAGAGAAAACAAAGGACAAAGAUGCCAAAACAAAGAAUAGCUGUCAGCCCAAGCAGCAGCUGACGACAGCAACACCAACACCAGCCACAGCAAUAGCGGUAGCAACUAUUGCUAAGCCUGUUUUGCCAGCAAAACCGAUUUCAACACCUGCAUCGAUAGUUGCGGAACCCAUUCCCGUGCUUAUCACACAACCCACAACAAUUCUGACGGCUGCCACGCCCAACGUGCCCAUGGGGAACAGCGUUAUUAAGCCCUUGCCAUACUAUAAUACCAUCUAUGGAAAGCUGCAGGAGCCACCUAGCGCUGCGGUGGUCACAACACCGCCGACCAAAAUGAAUGCCACUAACAAUAUGCCCAGUUUAGCGGAAUAUCUAGAGGCAACCAAAACAAAAACAGCUGUAACUGCAACUGCAGCGUCGCCAGUGCCAGUUGCUGCCAUUGCCGCUGCCGCUGCUGCUGCUGCUGCAGCAGCUGUGGAAAUUAUGCCCCCGCCAGCAACAACGCCGCUGAAGCUUUACACGCGUACUGCCAGCCAUGAUCCACGCUUGAAUCCCAUGCUGACAGUGCCUGAGCCGGCGCCCAUGCCCAAGCGUAAGCUGUCCAUUAGUGAAUAUCGCAUGCGACAUCGUCCAUCAGUCGAUACCGCGCCCACAACUCCAACCACGCCGCCUACGGAGCGCGGCUUUGCCAAGCCACAGACGAUUAACAAGUGUUCGCUGCAAUCGCCGGAGCGCUACCAAGCGGCUAUGCGCGAACGACGUAACUCUAUAAGCGUGCACCAACUCAACAACAAUAACAACAAUAACAAUAACAAUAAUAACAACAAGAAGAACAAUCAUCAUCAGCAGCAGCAGCAGCAACCCUUGAAACAUGCACAUCCGCCUGUAACAGAGUCCACAACGCUGAAGAAAACUGCGCUAAGCUCACCAGCGGACACAUUAAGCACUGUGAACAAUCUUCUAAGCACUGCACACAGGCUGCAUAUGUUCGAUGACAAGCCCAAAACUGGACACUUCAAUGCCGCGCCCACAUUGCUGGAACAGCAGCAGGAGAAGAUGAGCGAGCGUUCCCGUUGUCUCCAGCGCACCAUAUCAUGUGAUUCUCGUGUCAUUGAGCGUCUUGGCACUGUCGCCACACCUGCUGUGGACAAGUCAGCGGCUUCAGUAGCACGGCGAGAUGCUGUGUAAAGAACUAAACUCAAUACAUGUUGAUUGUGGCUACUACGCAUUUAAUCUGAUCCCAAGAAAGCUCUAUCCCAGUACAUUACACUCGAAACACACGGCAGAAACAAACAGUCAUAACAAUAGCAGCAUCUUAACUAAAAAUAACAAUCGAAUGUGCUAGCGUGUCUUAUUUAUGACAUAAACUACACGAUUUCCUUAUUUACAUAACAAAAAAUGUUAGAGCAAGCCGUCAGUGAGAAAACAAAUCGAAAAACAGAAAGAAAGAAGUAAACCUUAUUUGUGUUGUAAGCGCUAUUAUUAUUAACCCUAUAAGAGAAAAUUAUUGCAUACAGCUAUACUAAAUAAUUAAACGUUUGCGAAGGAUGAAGCCAAGAGAAAGAAAACCAACAGAAGCGAACAAUGUAAUUUUUCAUAAAUACACUUAAGAAAACCUUCUGCUAAACUAUUUAGUUAUUUAAUAGUCGCGUUUUUUUCUUAACGAAUCGAGUAACUCAUACUUACCAA